CAUGACAGAAACGCCUCAUUUUCACUUCCUGCAAUUUGAAAACAAAAACAUCAUGUUUUUUUAACUUUUAAACAUCACAUGGCGGAGCAGGACCCUGUUGGAGAUGUAUGGGCUCAGAAUGCAUUACAUAGAGCUGUAACAGUAGGUCAGAAUGUUUAUCUCAGAGCUGCUUCAAGGAAAGUUAAUUGGCCAGAAUAUAAACCAAGAGGUCAAAGACCAAUUGAGGAAUCCGACUCAUACACCAGUAUAGAUGACGCUUUUAGUACUAUAAUACAGUUCAUGUCACAAACCUCAAGGCAGUGUAAGAAAUACUAUGAUACUAACAAAACAAACAGAGACCAUUGUGAUUCACAGCACUGUAGAAGAUUCCAUAAUCCAGCAUAUAGUGAAAUACAGAACAGUAGCCCUCUACAAAGAACAGAAGAUGUACAUGUAGUUGUUCAGCCUGGGACAUACUCUGUCACUGCAGGAUGUUGGGGUCAACAUCAACAACGAAAACAUGUAGUGCAUGUGGACAAAGGACAGUCAGUUGACCUUGACUUUUGCUUGUGAUAAUAUUUUCUUAUUUUGAGAUAUUCAAACCAUUGUCUUUAAGGAUGUACUUAGGUGAUGUUUUGGAAUUUGUGUCAAAUGUUCGGACUCCUUGGUGUUUUUCCAUACAAUACAAUAUAAAUAAUUUUGCCCCAUAACACCCAUUUAUUUUUUCAUAUAAGAUUUAAUAGCUCAUGAAAGGUUAUUUAACAAAAUUAUAGAAAAUUCUUGAUUUUUUUUUGUUUUGAGACCCAAUAAUACCAAUGCAAAUAUAAGGUAAAAGUCAGCCGUUUCCCGUCAUAUUUUAAAUCUCAAAUAUGAAGAAAAAGAGGUCCAUGACCUAUCAAUAUUUUUAGCUUAUUUUUAUCCAUAAUUGAUGCUCUACUAGCUUAUAGUAUAAAUUUUAACUUCUUAAUUUAAUAAUUUUCACCUAACCUCACCUAAGUGCAUCCUUUAAAGAAAUUAUUUUCUUUCAUUGACAAUAUUUAAUGGUAUGAAAUUUAAAUCUCUAAUGUAAUGAACUGUUAAAAUUGUACUAUCAUAGUGGCAGGGUUCAAUGUUAGAUAUUCAUUCAACAUACUGUCUAAAGCAAAGAAAACCUUACAUUUUAUCUUAAAUCUUGCUUGCAAUAUAUGUUUCAUCAUUCUUCUAGUCACAUGAGUUUUGCACAGCAAUAUUUUGUUUUUAUAGCUUUCACAAGUUAAAACUAAUAGUAACUUUAAAUUUCUAUUCUAUGCAUUUAUCUAUAUAUUUUUAUAUGUUUAUGUAUGUAUGUGUUCAGUAAAAGGACAAGACAAUCUUUUUGAAAAGUUUUAUGUAUUUUAUGUGUUUUUCAAGUUUAUCGUUUUUUAUAUGCUUUAAAUGAGAUUAAAAUAAAAAUGUUUGUUUAUUA